AUGUUACAUCUUUUACCUAAAUGUGUAUAACUAAUACAAAACGAAAGAUCUCUGGAGUAUGAUAGAUUAACAAAAAGAUUAGAGAAAACAUUAAUUGAGAAUUCUCUUUAUAGAUUGUCUGUAGAUAUUAGAUCUCUGUAAAGCUUUUAUUCUGUACAUUGUUUUAAUAAAGAGGAAAAAGAGAAGGAGAUAUAAAUGGACAAGGAAAAACUUUUUGCUUUAUUAAUAGAAUAUAGUCUUCAAAAGUAUGUUUAUAGCACAAAACAUUUAUUUUAAACUUCAUGGAUUCCAAAAAGAAUAAAAUUUUUUCUGUCCUCAAUUAUAAAGACGAUAAAUGAUAAUAUUGAGAUUAAAUAUGAGGACUUGUAAUAAAUUUAUGGUGAAGUGGACUAGAAUGGUUUAGAUGCAACUUUCGAUAAUGCUGAUUAAUAAAUAAUAAGAGGAAUUUAAUGUUUAUAAGAGUAACAUUUUAGAUUUAUAAAUAGAUUUUUUGGAUUGUUUCGUAACUUAAUUCCAUCAAGUUAUUACCCAUUAUUAAUAGAUAAAUAUUUAUAAGGAGAGAAUCUAAAUCAUAAAUUAUUUAGAGUUGAUAAAUCUGAACCAAUUUCAACUUACAAAAAGAGUUUUGAAAUGUUGAUUGAGUUUAAAAAAUAUUCUUAUGUAAUGAAAUAAAUGGAUUCUGUCUUAAUAGCAUAAUUAAUAUGGUAUAAUUUACAUUUUAGAUAUUUAGUUGUCGUCCUGAUUUACCUAUAGAUAAUUAUUUGGAUUUUCUUUUAGAAGAUAUCUAUAAUAGCUUUAUUGUACUAUUAUUGAAUGUCUAAAACUAAACAAAUAGGAAUCAAAUUAAAAUUCCUUAAGGUAACAUGAGACCUUCAGAAUUUAUUUAACCAUUAGUCUACUUAAUUGGAUCAUCAUAAAUUAGAAAUAAAGUUUGGGAUACUAUUGAAAGAAUGUUUUUAGUUAUUUCUGAUUUGAUUCAUCCAAAUAAUGCAACAACAAAUGAUUUUGUUUUCUCCUUUUUUUAUAUUUUUGUUAAAGCAUUUGUUGAAAGAGUACAAGCUUAAAAGGAUUAUCCAGAAAAAAAUUAAGAAUAAGAGAAUAUAUUAGACAGUAUAGUUAUAUUUAUAUUAUAAAGAUAAUGUAUUUACAAAGGAUGAACAAUUACUUGAAAAAGAUGAAGAGACAAAUGAAGUAAAUGAAGAAGAAGAAGAAGAUGAAUUAGAAGUAGAUGAAGAUAAUAAUGAUAAAGAUAAAAUAUUUGAGAAAAAAGAAUUUAUGAUUGAUUAAGAAGGAAUUGAUAAAUUUAUUUCUAUAGUCAAACCACAUUUAAAAUACUUAAUUUAUCAAAAAAGCAAAUAUAAAAAAUAAGUAGCAGGAAUUUAUUAAGUAAAUAUCAUAAUUAAGUGAUAAGUCUUUAUGUAUAUUGAAACCAAAGGAAAUUUUGCCUUAUCUUAUGGAGUAGAUUUAAUUAGCUUUAGAAAGAGAUGAUAUUAAACCUUUACUCAUUAUUUACAUUAUUGAGAAAAUUUUUCAGCCAGCUAUAAAAUUUGAUUAAUAUCCUUAAAUAAUCAAUUACAUCCCAUUUAUUUUAAGGCAAACCACUAAUUUCAUUUUUGAAAAUGGUGAAUAUAUAUGGAGAUUUUAUGAUAUACUUUUCCAACAUAUUCCUAUUUAUGAUAUCAAAGAUUUAGAAAUUGAAUACCCAAAUCUUAAUCUAAAAGAAGGUAUUCAUAAUUUGAAUUAUUAGAAAUGUUAAUUGAGGGUAUUAAUUUUUAUUAAAUCACUUAAGAAAUUAGUGAUUUGGCAUUAGAAGCUUUUAGAAAAUAUGUUUCAACUUUUGAAUAUAGUGAUCUAAAAUAUCAUAGAAGUCAGAGAGGCUCAGAAAUUCUCUUUUCAUCGAGAAAUAAAUUUUACAAUUUUAUAUUUUAAUGUUCUAAAUCAAAUUACAAAGAAAUAGUCAAUAUUUUAUGUAAUUAUUUAGAUGAUAAAAUACUUAAUAAUCUAUCUGAUAAUUUUGUAUUAGUGUUAUAAGCAAUAAUUUUAAGAGAUCCUAAUGUUUUGAAGGAUGUUUUGACUAUUAUUGAAAAUCAACUCUUGAGAAAAACUAAAGAUCAUUUCGAAUUUAAUAUUUCAAAUAUUACAACAAUAAGAAAUUAUUUAAUUAUAAUUUAUGAAAUUAUUUAGUUUACAGGAGGUGUAAAUAAAUAGUAUUAUUAAAAAUUUAAAUGCAUAAUUGAUUUAAGUUUGAAACAUGAGGAAACUAAAAUAUAAUAAGCAGGUUAAAAUAUUUUAGAAAGUCUACUCAUGAGUUAAGCAGUGAUCCAUAUUAAAGAUUUUUAAUUUACUAAUGAUCCUAAAGUUUAGUUAGAUUGGUUAAAACUAAAAUAAAAAGGAAAAAAUGAGAAAUAUUUACCAAAAUGGUAAGAUAUUGAUGAUUAAGAAUUUAUCAAAUAAAUUAUGGAUGAUUAUUAUUAUCCUAGUCUUCAAUAAAUUAGAGAAAUUAUUGCUUAAAAAAAAGAAAACUAAUCUUUUCUUGAUUAUUUAUAGAAUGACUUUUUAUAACAAUAUGAAUAACAAUAUUAAUUGGAUUCAAAAUAAAGUUGUUAAUAGAUAGAGCUGAAAAUCAGAAAGAUUUUGUCUUUAAAUAUCGACACCAUCCAUGCAUUUUUAAAACCCCUAUAUUUUAGAAUGAAAUAAUAUGAUGAAAAUUCAAGUGAAGUUUUUAAAAAAUUCUAAGACUAAUAUUGUUUUGCUGUUUUAAAUAAUAUGUAUGAUGAAGUAUAAUAAUUUGAUUAUUAUUUAGAUUAUUAAAUUUUGUAUUGAUUUUGUACCUGUUUAUGUUAAUAAUGGAUUGGCUAUAGAUGUAAAAUUGGCUACUAGUUUUACUAUUAUCAUUAAGUUAUUAAUGCACGAUACUUCUGAUAAAAUUUAUAAAUUGGGUUAAUGGUUGCAAGUGAAAACUAGAUAAUCAGAUACUAAUAAGAAUUCAUGUUAAAAUAGAUUUUAAGCAUAAAUGUUAUAUACAUAUUUACUCAAUAAUAGAAUUGAUUAAAUUUAUAGAAGCCAAAUAAGGAAUCAGUAAAAUAAAGAGUAUUUCUUAAAAUAAAUUUAGAUUCUUCUUAAUAUCAAUUCCAUUCUUAUUUGAUUCUAAUGAAUUUAAUUGUAAAUUUAAUUAUAUUUGGUUAUAAAGGAGAAUGGAAUUAUUAGAGGACAGGGAAUGGUUAUGUGAAUUUUUUAUAAAAUUUUAUGAACAAUUAAAAACAGUUUUCAAAAAUAAAUGGUUUAAUGUAUAAUACAUUGAAAGUUUGAAUGAAACUGAAAAAUAAAAACUAUCUCUUUUUUAGAAUCAUUUUACAAAAGGAUUUGCAAAUUUUGUAAGUACAGUUUCAAAUUUAUACCCUGGAAUGUUUUUAGAAUCUUACUAAAUUUUUGAUGGUGCUUAAUAAAGUAUAGUGUUAUAAUUUUAUAUUUAGAUUUGAUAGAUAAAGUGAAUAGAGCAAAGUUUAAUUAAAUUCUCUUAAAUUUAAUAAAAAAAAUAUCUUAAGCUUGUGUUGAAUUAAAUGAAGCUGAUUUUGAAAGAAAAAACAGUAUAAACUAAAUAUUAUUUUAGUUUUAAUAAUAAAAAAUUAAGAAAUCUAAAAAUAUGUUGAUUGUAUUUUUGAAUAAAGAAUUCAACAUUGGUAGGAAUAACAAAUAAAAAUAAGUAGAAAUUUAGAGAGUUUAAAUGAAAGAUUAUAUUAAAUAGUUGAACUUUGGUUAAAUAUUCCUUUAGAUGCAGUUACAUCUUAAUAAUUAAUAACUAAUGGUUGUGCUCUUUUAUUAAUGAGAACAGAUUCACUACCUUAAUUUAAUGAGAGAGUUAUUCUAAAAGCCUUUAAUUGUUGUAUUAGUUAAGAAUUGAAUAUUCGAAGUUUAGGGAAGUUACUACUAUAUAGAUUAAUUUAGAUUGGUGUUUUUAAGAAUAAGACAUAUAAAUACAAAUACAGAAAACCUGAAGAUUUUAAAAAUGCUAAUAUAAAUCUAGAAUAAUAUAAUAUUUAUAGAUUUAUAUUGCCUGAAGAUUAAAUCUAUUAUAAAUUGAAUGAGCAUCAUAGGAAAGGCAAAAUAUUAUUAUAUAAUUAACUUAAAUAUACUGAUAUAAAGAGAGAAGAAGUUAAGAAAGAAUUUAAAAUCCUAAAAUCUAUCAGUUCAGAGUAAUGGCAUCAAUUUAUAAAUUUAAUGAUUAUUGAUUAAAGUGUUUUAGAUCAAUUCUAAAUUAAUUAAGAUAAAAAAUCUCUUGCAAAUUUAUUUAAUGAUGUUGAUAACUUAGCCAAUGAACAAUUCUUUUAUUAUUCUUACAUGAAAGCUCCUAUAAGAUUUAAUUUAUCAUAUAAAAAAGUUUAGUUUUUGAAAUAUUUAUUUGCCAUUACAGAUUAUGAAUUAUUCAAUCAUACAAAAGAUUUGAUAGACCAAAAUAAUUUAGAUCAAUAAUCAUUCUCAAGAAUCUAUUUAUCAGGAUUAUUACAUGCAUUACAUUCUUCUUGGGAUUGUUAAUGCAAAUAAGAGAUUAUAGAUUAUUGUAUAAAUAAAUUUGAAAAAAUAAUUAUGGAUUAAUCUAAAGAUGAAUUUAAAACCUUUUAGUAUAUUUUGCAUUUUGCCUAAUCUAGAUGUGAUCUAAAGAUAUAAGAAUAAUUCUUAUAAUCUCUAGUAGAUUAAGUUUAAAAAAAAAAUGCUAAAAAAAAAUUAAGAUGGAUAUAAUUAUUCUAUGUUAUGAUUGAAUCUAAGAAACACCAAUAAAUUAAAUUAUUAGAUGAAAUAUUAUAAACUAACUUUGAUUAUUCAAAUCUUAAAGCUGCUUAAACAUUUAUUCCUCUUAUUAUCGAUUAAUAGAAUAAAUAUCCUCAUAACAUUGAAUUGUUAUAAGAACUUGGCUUAAUUGAACAAUUUACUUAAUAAACAUCUAUUUUGUUUAAAUCUAAGUAUUUCAUCUUUGAAAAUUCUGAACUAUUUACUAAAGGACUAGAUAUUUUGGUAAAUUAAUUUUAAGAAUAAAAUAUAAAUUGUAAAAUAAAUAUCAUAGAAACUUUAUUUUUAUGUUGGAAUUCUAAAAAGUUUAUUAUCAAUCCAUAUAUCUUUUAAAAAAUUUAACCAAUUGUUGAAUACUUAUUAACAAUAAAUGAAGAGAACAAUUUAUAAUAACUUACAAAAGGAUUGCAGAUUUUUUCAAAUAUAAGAUUUAAAGAGAGUACAAUUGCUUUAAUUAAAUUAACUUUAGACUUAUUAAAAGUUUCAUCUAAUACAGUCAGAGUAAGAUAAUUAAAAUUUUUAAAAGUAAUUCAUUUUAUUAUUAUUCAUAGAAUCUCACAAAAGAGAUUUUACAUAUUAAUAGAGCUGAAAUCCUUGAAAAUAUUGAACAAUAUUUAUAAGAUGAAAAUAAAGUAGUUAUGCAAUCAUGUUUUGAUUUAACUACAUAAUUAAUUCAAUAAAUGACUUUAAAAGAAGUAAAUUGUUAAUUAGAAAUAUGUUUGAAAUAAGUAAAUUUCAAAUUUAAGUUAGUCUACAAAUAAAGAAACUGAGCUAAUAGGAAAAUAAGUUCUUAUGGCUAUGAUUAUGGCUCAUCCACGAUAUACUUAACCAUGGAUUAAUUAAGUACUGAAAGUAAUUUUGGAAAAACAGAAUAAAUUGUUAUAAUAGUAAAAGACGUUUGCAGCAAAUUAUUUGAAACUAUAUAGAGCUAAUUAAUUGAUGGAAAUAGAAGAAGUGUAAAUAAAUAUAGAGUUCAUUUAAAAAAUGAGUGAAUUGUCAAAUCCUUAUAAUUAUUUCGCUUGA